AGUAGACCCAUUUACGAUACCAACCGGGUUGUUUACAUUCGAGAGGGAAAAGUUGACUUUUAAAAUUAUGCAAAUAAUUUUCUAGGACCUAAAAGAUCAUAAACAGUUUAUUUGUAGCAUAUAAAAAUUGUGCAUAUAACAAAAAAAAAACAGAUUAAAUUCAUGAAAAUCAUUCAUCUAUAUCGGAAAGUUCAGGCAAAAGCAUGUCAUCAAAAUAUUUGAAACAGGUUUUCGUGACUUUAUAAAAGCCCAGUUGACUGAUGAUUCCAUAUUUGAAUUAAGUAUUAUGGAGAAAAUCACAGACUUAUGGCAACAACUACAAAAAGAUAAUAGUGUUGUUGAGUAAAGCAGACUUAAUAUAUAAAGAUUACCAAAAGGUGUAUUGACCUCUAGCUGUGAAUCUGAGCUUCAGGAAUUGAUGCACCAUAUUGAUGAUAUGAUGUCAGGUAAAAAGAGGGACUGGGAACAUCAGAUUCAAAGUCUACAGGACAGGAUGGACAUCAAGGACAAAGAAACCAUGUUACAUAGGGCCACUAUAGACCAGAAACAUAAAGAGAUUGGACAUUUAAGACAGCAGUUAGAAACCAUGGAAAAAUCACACAGGGAGUUAGUUAGCUGUUAUGAAGCUCAGUUGUCAACUCUCAAAUCUGAGCUGCAAAAACUGAAAAGAGACUACGAUCGUCAGAAUAAGAAAUAUUCGAAACAGUCCAAAGAAUCAGAACGAGACAAAGAUCGUUCCAAUACAGAAUUACAGGACAGUAUGUCACAGGUCAACAGGCUAUCAUCAAAACUAGAGGAAUAUAAACAGAGGUCAAAGGAUUGGGAAUUACAGAAAAGAACUCUAGGGAAACAGCUUGAAACUUUAGAAGCUCAGAGAAAAGCUAUGACAGAAAAGUGUGAAUUUAUUCAGAAAAUGUACUUGAGUCUCAUGUCUAAGAGUCAGUCUCAAACAUACCAGUCACAACUGAACAGACGUAAACAAAUACUCGAUAACACAGAAUCUAGUCUCAAGUCACAAAUAGCUCAACUAGAAGGACAGCUACAGAGAGCUAAUGAAUCACAUUUGUCACAGGAAACAAAGGUGGAAAAGUUGAAAUCAUCUCUGGAUGAUGCAAUCAAUAAUCACAAAAAAGCUAUGGAUGAAAACGAGAGAUUGUUAGUAGACCUGAGAAAAGCUAAUAUUCAUUCAAGAAAGAUAGAUGAAGAAAAACUUCAGUAUGAGGCUGAUCUGAAAACCAAAGAAGAUUUGUUAAGAGCAAUAGAGCAGGAUGGUGAAGCUCAGGCUGAGGAAAUGGGAAGAAUGGAACAAGCCCUUUCAGAAAAAGACAGAAUUAUUCAUUCACUAGGAAAUAUAAAGAAUAAGGAAGAGAGUGAACAGAUCAAACUUCUGAGACAGUCAUUACAGGAAGCCAGAGAAGACACAAGGAACUGCAAAAAGAAUGAAAAGAAAUUAAGGGAAGAGGUCUCUAAACUUCAGAAUCAUUUGAGACAGGCAGUGGAGGAUUGUGAAAGAACUACAGAUCAGCUAGAAAAGAAGAAAACAGAACUGCAGAGAAUUGAAUCUGGAGAAGUGAAGAGAUUAAAACAAGAGGCGAAUCGUUUAAAAGAAAGUAUUUCUACAAAGCAACAGUCACAUGAAGCUGAACUUGAGGGCAUGAGAACAGAGGUCAGCAAACUAACCUCUGAACUACAUGAGAGAAGUGUUACUUUCUCAACACUGUCAGACAAGUCAGCCAAUGUAGAGAGACAGCUGAGAAAUGAGAAUGAAAUAUUAGAGAAAAAAUCAGCAGAACUACAGGUUGCAAAUGCACAGAUUGAAGCACUUAGGCUAGAAAACAGGCACUUACGACAGACCAUUCUACAGCAGGCUCAUUCAAAUGCAGACAAGGGUCAUACUCAGGAACAUCUACGGGUACUGAAAAGCUCCUAUGAAACAACGAUUAAAAAACUAGAGCAAGAGAACCGUCAGUUGAAAGAUGAUGUAACUUCUAUGAGAGAGGAAAUGACUGAAAUGGAGGAUAAGUUUGAGGAACAGUUGAGACAAGCUUUAAAAGAGUCUGAGGCUUCAGCACAAGAAAUGAGAGAUAUUGAAGAUAGUGCCAUUCAUAGUGAUUAUGAUGGCUUGGAUUCUAUCUCGAAAAUAAAAAGGCGUAUGUUAAGUAUAGAGGAUUCAGCUCAAAGGAGAAUUAAAGCUAUGGAACUUCAAAUGAAUUCUACUGUUCAGCGAUAUGAACAAGAAACCAAACUUCUACGCAUGCAGAAAUCUCGGCUUGAAGAUCAGUUAGACAUGGACAGAAAUGAAAGUAAUUUUAGACAGGACGAUCAUGAAAUAGAUCUACAUUCACUAGUUUCGGAAGAAGACUAUCAUGAUUUGAGACCUAAUGGACACUAUGCAAAUGAAAAUGGACAUUUCACAAGAGAAAAUAGACUAUAUACAAGUGACAGUGGACAUUUCACCAGUGAAAAUGAGCCUUACAUCAGGGAACAUGAGGAUUAUAUCCAUCAGAAUGAACAUGAACCACUCCAUUUAAUGAAUGGCGACAAUCAAAAUGGUGAUGAUCACCAUGACAAUAGUUAUUCUACAAUAUUAAGUAGCCGUGCUAUGUCAAUAUCUGAAAGUGUACAGGAACCUUUGGAUCAUGAAGAGUUAAGUCCUAGAGAUGCAGUAGCACAGAAAUUUUUAGCAGCAGAAAACCAAAGGGCCAGAGAACUCGAACUACUCAUAGACUCACACAUAGAAACAUUAAAGAAAGGAACAGAUGCUACCAUCAAAAGGCAUUCUAAAAGAUAGUACUGAAAUGUUCCACGAUUUAUUGUAGUUCAUUCCUCAGGGGAUAAUAUUCUUGAGUUGUAAUGCAUUAAAUGUGCUACCAUAGUUUAACUAGUACUAAAACAAUGUAAAUCAUGAGAAAACUGGAUUGCGUGAUUGUGAAUGUUAUGAAAAGUAUAUUGUAUAACUGGUUUAUGUUUAAAUGUGGUUAACGAUGUAAAGUAAGAAUGUUGUACAGUUAAUAUGAAUAGCAUUCCACAGUUGUAGCAGAAUAUUAUGAUAUUUUUGUUUCUCAGGUGCUGAAUUUUGAGUGUGCUUAUGUCUUGUUCAUGUGUCGACUGCUGAUUGUAUGAUAUUGUUACUUUUUAACAAUGCACCAGGAAAAAGACCUAAACAGCGUUGUUUUUGUGUUUAAAUGUUGAAUAUUUUGUAUACAUGAAGGGUAUUCAAAUCUAAUGUUUUUUUAUUUAUGUGCAAUUGUCUAUUCCGUCCAAUAUUAUAUUAUUGUACUUAAAAUGAAAGAUAUGAAUGAUUAGAGUUUUUUUUGUUGAAAUGUAUUUUGAUUGUGGAGAGUAAGAGAGAAUUUGCAUCAUUCUUGAAAUAUUUAUUUUGUUUUGUAUGCAUUUUUCAGAACCUUUUAUUGAGUUAUGCUUGAAUACUUUUAAAGAAAAUGGGGGAAAAUCCAUCUUGCAAGUAAAAAAGCCAACUCUUAAAGAAAUAUUUUCGUUAAUUGUGGAAACCGUCCACCUGCUUUUGAAUUUUGCAGUGAUCCAAGAAAUAAAUGACCCUUUGGAAUAAUAAGUUAGAAUUGUAUAGCAUCUUUUUAUAAAAACGAUUUCUUCUUUUUCUGAAUGAAAAAUUCCAAUAUUUUUUGUUUGCUGGUUAAAAUGUGUUUUGUGCAAUUGUUUGUGGUAGAAUAGAAUCAAAAGUCAUCAAAGAAACCUGUGAUAAGGAGGACUUUAUCGUCUCUAGUAGAUUGUGUGUUAGUGUGUGUUGUGAGUGUGUGUGUCUGUGUUGUCUGUGUAAGGGUAGUUCUCAGUAGAAGUAUGAUGUUCUAGCAUUAAUUAAUGGUGGUAGAUGAUUUGAUGAGAUGCUGAUUUAUAGUAGUAGAAGUUUGACUUAAAGUGAUAGUUGCACUAACAAAAUAAAACUAAACUAAUAGUAACAUAAAUUACAGAAAAACAAAAGUUUAUAAUACCCAACUGAUACUAUAUACUCAGUGUCAGAAAGAUAUCGUAAAUCUCUGGAUAAUACAAACCAUCUUAAUAUUUUUUUAUUUGUAUUCAAAAAGUGUUGUCAGUGCAGCUAUAAAUUAUACAUUAUUUUCUGUACAAAGUCACAUUAAUUUAUUAGAAAUAUGCAUAUACUGACAAAUUUAAUAUAUUUUGAGUAAAUACUCUGAAAGAAAA